CGUGCCUAUGGCCAUGUCCUCGCAAGCGGAACAUGAACCAUCCACGAGGGCUACUUCAACCUGAGGCAGAGGAAGUACGCAUCAUGUUACUGGGUGCUAGAGGGUCUGGAAAAAGUUCAUCUGGAAACACCAUCCUCAGAUGUAACGCCUUCAACACGGACAUGCAGCUGAGCAGAGUCACACAGUUCUGUGAAAGAGCUUCUGGAAGCAUCAACGACCGACCCGUGGCCAUAAUCGACACGCCAGGACUGAAUAAGAUCAAUCGAAUGGAGAAGGAGGUGAUCAGGGACAUCAUGAAAUCUAUCUCGCUCUAUAAGCCAGGACCACACGUGUUUCUGCUGGUUCAGCCGGUGGGAAACUUAACCAAUGAGGACAAGAACAUACAUAAAUUAAUCCAGAACAUGUUCGGGAAGAACGUUUGGAACUACACAGUUGUUCUGUUCACACAUGGAGAUCGACUAGAGGGGAAAAUGCCAAAUGAUGUGAUCGCCAGCUCAGACAAAGACCUUAGAGACUUUAUCCGCACAUGCAGUGGAGGAUUUGUGUUCUUCAAUAACAAGAACAUGGGAAACUUUGAGCAAGUGACCAAACUUCUGGAGAAGAUUGAUGCCUUGGUGGCCAUCAAUGGCAGAAGCUGCUACAAAACGUCAUUUUACCCGAGCUCAGAGAGAAAGAUACGUGAAAAACAAGAGAAGAUUCUGGAGGAGAGACAGGAAGAGAUUGCACGAAAGGAGAGAGAGCUGGAGGAGAAUUAUGAAGAUAGGGAGGAGUUAGAGUGGAAAAAGCGUGAGCUCUGGAGAGAGGAAGAGGAAGAUGCACGGAGACUAGCCGAGAAUCCACCAAGACGCAAAUCUCUAGCAAUAAAUCUCCCCAGAGCCCCCUCAUCUAUAACAAAAUCACAGAUCAUUCACUAAUCAAACCAUUUUAUGAGCAGUUCAGGACCUUUCUCAUGAAUAAUGGAGAUGUAAUAUUCCCUGUAGGUGAUGAUCUAUACAUUUUGCACUGUUCAGGUUUUACUUUGUGCCUGUUUAUUAUUGUUGUGCUGUUUUAAUUAAGUGCAUUAUUAAUUGUGUACGUAGGUAAUAAUUCUUUCUUGUCACUGAAUAACCGACUGCAUAUAAAAUGUAAACAUUUAACUUACCACAGAAGUUUAAUUAAACUGAAAAUACCACUAUGUUCCCAUGAUACUAUUAUACUAUGGUAUUGGGGGUCAAUAUAACCUCUUUGGAACCUUUGGGUUAAAAAACAUGGUUCCCUUCAUCUCAGUGGCAUAAGAUUUUGUGACUUUUUCUACAUUAUCUACACACACACACACACACACACACAAACUGGGCUUGAUUUGGAUGUUGUG